AUGGUGACAACUGUAUUGCAGCUGAUAUUUAAUCAUGCUGAUCUUACCAAACUCCAAAAAAUUACUGUGGUCAAAUUUGAGAAGCUUAUUGCCAAUAACGAGCAACUGAAGGAAAACCAGAUCAGUGUGGAGAACCAACUUUCGUGUAUGAAAGCUCAUGAAGAAGAUAAAUUUAGCUACUCUGUUCUGAGCUACUUCCAGCAAGAUGUUCAAGGAACUGAUAGUUUCCCACAAAUAGUGCAUAUUGUGGACUUUCAUAUGCUUCUAGUUCCCAUCUCCAGCUGCCUUUAUCCAAAUGUUUCCUGCCGACUUACCCCCAGGUCUUCUUGGCUUGCUGUGGUGGGUCCUGUCAGCAGCCGGUCUCCCCCACUGCUUUUCCGAGUUAGUCACAGCAAAGUGCGAAGAGGAAUCCUGCGGAGAGUGGUCUUCUCUGAGGAACAAAGAAAAGCACUGGAGAAAACCUUUCAGAGACAGAAAUACAUCAGUAAAACAGACAGGAAGAAAUUGGCUACGCACCUUGGGCUUAAAGAUUCACAGGUAAAAAUAUGGUUCCAGAAUCGAAGAAUGAAAUGGAGAAAUACUAAGGAGAGAGAACUGCUUACACAAGGUUGCUCACGUGAACAAACCCUACAAGAGAAACCAGCUUCAACUUCUGACCUGAACAACAUUACUCCAAGUGGGUCUGACAGAAAAGCAACACAUGUAGGACAAGCAUCCAUGUGCAAGUAUGUUGCAAUUUCGUCAAGGUCUCAGCAUAGUCAGGCUGCUGAGAACAGAGUUCCAGAUCUGAAAAUAGAGUUGUUAGAGACAGCUCUACAUUCCAGCUCUGUACAGCACAAAAAAGACACCUGAGCCUUUGUUUCCCAAUGGUCACAAAUAGUAAACUUUCGCCUCGUUAAUGCCCCAUUCUGUGUGAUCUGCUUCUCUGGCUUUGCCAGUGCUUAGAAGGAUUCACACUUGUUUGGAGACAUUUUCAGCGAUUAUAAUGCCAACAUAUGAAAUGUAGCAUGUCUACAGUAAUGCUGACGAUUUAUUUCAUUCAGAUGCCUUUAAACAUUGAUUCGUUUGCAAAUUUUUCAAAGUUGCUCUGCUUUGUUGAUAAAAUGUUU